AUGUCAGUGCUCACCAAAAGACGUGGUGAAUACAAAGAGAGAGAAGGCAAACCAGAAGCAGAACCCAAGGAAAAUCAUGGUGUUAAGGAUCAAACUGGGGUGCAUGACGCAGGGAACAAAUCUGAAGAACAUUAUCGGAAAAACCUUCCACCAUGGAGGUUCAACCUUAGGCAAAAGUUUCUUCCUAUCGUUCGUUGGGAAACAGAAGUGCUUGCUUCCAUGCAAAAGAAGGUUCGUACUCCAUGGCUAGAUUAUUACUUUGCAUGGUCUGCUAACUUGGCUUCUCAUACAUUUUAUGUACUUUGUCUUCCGAUGUUUGAGUGGUUCGGAUCAUCUAAGAUUCCAAGAGACUUGGUGUAUGUGUUGGGAUUAGGUAUCUAUGUUCUGGGUAAUUUAAAGGAUUGUAUGUGUCUACCAAGACCUCGGUCUCCGCCCUUACAUCGGAUCACCAUGAGUGAAUACACUGCCCAAGAGUACGGAUUUCCCUCCAGUCAUUCAGCCAAUGCUACGGCUGUUACAUUGAUUUGUUUAUGGCGACUUUUAGAGGUGAAGGAACAACUUACCUCUUCGGUGUUAGUUUGCACUCUUGCGUUCUUAAUCUUAUACUAUGUUUCGUUGAUUUUUGGUAGACUUUAUUGCGGUAUGCACGGAUUUAUAGAUGUGUUUGCCGGAACUGCUAUCGGCGUCGGACUAUUUUUGUUCCGCUUUCUCGUUGGUCAAAAGUUUGAUCAAUGGCUUCUUGUUCCACAGGACUCUUCCUGGUGGGGGCUCGUACUGACCCCUAUCUUUAUCAUUGGAGGAAACUUACUUCUUAUUCACACUCAUUUUGAACCAGUUGAUGAUUGUCCGUGUUUUGAUGAUACAGUAGCCUUCGUGGGAGUUUUAAUCGGUCUAGACCUUUCGCAUUGGGUUGCAUGUAUUACGGGCGUUGUUGGACGGACUAACAAUUUUGAAGACCCUAUGAGAAUUAAUUACGACUACAACGAAUUGGGAUCGCUUAAGACAAUUGCUAGAGUUAUUGUUGGAGUGACAUUAAUUGUAACCUGGAAAGCUAUUGCAAAACCCAUUGUGUUUACUUUAUUACCACCUAUUUAUAAGUUUGUGGGUGUUUAUGUACCUCGUCGGAGUUUCAAAUCUACUGCAUUCACAAAGGAAUCUUUAAGUCGGAUUAGAUCUCAAUCAAUAUCAAAUAUUGACGUGCAGCAAGUGGGGGACAUCAACGGAUUAAUUAAACUGGUAACAUCUACACAAAACAGCAUAGAUUCCGUUGGUCCGGUUAACGACAUAGAUUAUUACGAGAUGCUAGACUAUAAGAAUAAGCACCCGGAAGAACCUGAUUCAGCCAUAGAUAUGGGACCUCCAACUAACAGUGUGUUUAAGCCGAGGUACGAUGUGGAAACUGUUGGCCGGUUAAUCAUUUAUGCGGGAGUAGCAACUUGUACCUUUUGGGGGUUCUUUUAUGCUACCCAGUCGCUAGGUUUAGCAUGUUAG